AUGUUGGAUGGAUUCAUUAAAAAAUUUGUUCUCUGUCCUGAGUGUGAGAAUCCUGAAACAGAUCUGCAUGUCAAUCCAAAGAAGCAAACAAUAGGUAAUUCUUGUAAAGCCUGUGGGUACCGAGGCAUGCUUGACACACAUCAUAAACUCUGUACAUUCAUUCUCAAAAACCCACCUGAGAAUAGUGACGUUGGUACAGGAAAGAAAGAAAAAGAAAAGAAAAAUAGAAAGGGCAAGGACAAGGAAAAUGGCUCUGUAUCCACCAGUGAGACACCACCACCUCCACCACCAAAUGAAAUUAGUCCUCCACAUGCUGUGGAAGAAGAGGAAGAUGAUGAUUGGGGGGAGGAUACAACUGAGGAAGCUCAAAGGCGCAGAAUGGAUGAAAUCAGUGACCAUGCAAAAGGUCUGACACUUAGCGAUGAUUUGGAAAGAACUGUAGAAGAGCGUGUUAACAUCCUGUUUGAUUUUGUUAAGAAAAAGAAAGAAGAGGGCAUUAUUGAUUCAUCUGAUAAAGAAAUUGUGGCUGAGGCAGAAAGGCUGGAUGUAAAAGCCAUGGGUCCUCUUGUUUUGACAGAAGUUCUCUUUGAUGAGAAGAUAAGAGAGCAAAUCAAGAAAUACAGGCGCCACUUUCUAAGAUUUUGUCAUAACAACAAAAAGGCUCAGAGGUACCUUCUUCAUGGUUUGGAAUGUGUGGUAGCAAUGCAUCAAGCUCAGCUGAUCUCCAAGAUUCCACAUAUCUUGAAGGAGAUGUAUGAUGCAGACCUUUUAGAAGAGGAGGUCAUUAUCAGCUGGUCAGAAAAGGCCUCUAAGAAAUAUGUCUCAAAAGAACUUGCCAAAGAGAUUCGUGUCAAAGCAGAGCCAUUUAUUAAAUGGUUGAAGGAAGCAGAGGAAGAAUCUUCUGGUGGUGAGGAAGAAGACGAAGAUGAAAAUAUUGAGGUGGUAUAUUCGAAGACUGCCAGUGUACCAAAAGUUGAAACUGUGAAGUCUGACAACAAGGAUGAUGACAUUGAUAUUGACGCCAUUUAAAAGGAUGGAUGCAACUUAGCUUAACAGUGUAAUGCUGCAAUUUUUUUUCCAUUAUCAGCCAGAAGUGCAACAUGUAUGUGCAAGAGCUAAAGUGGCUUAACAUC